AUGGACGCUAUUCGCACGGGGGGUCCCUUCAUGGAAGGUGAUGACGGCUAUUGGCCCGUCUUGGAUGAGUUUCAAUCCUUGGAAGCGUUCCACGCGUUUGCGCACCAUCCCGCAAUUUUGGACGUGUGCGACAAACUCUUCGGCGAAAAGACACUUGUGCAUCCGCGGAAUAUUGGAAGAAUUAUGUUCCCGGAGAACACAAAAUACACAACGCCUGCACAUCAAGAUUUCAUCCACAUCCGAGGCACAGAGGAAACCUAUACCGGAUGGAUACCGCUUGGACCCUGUCCAGAAGAGCUGGGCGGAUUGUCAGUGCUCUCUGGCGCGCAUCGAAGGGGUAUUUAUCCCGUCAAACCAGCACUCGGCGCAGGCGGACGCGGUAUUGAUACAGCACCUAUAGAAGCAGAGGAUUUCUACUGGGUCGCCGGCGAUUACGAGAUUGGCGAUGCCCUGUUCUUUCACAGCCACGCCGUUCACAAGGGGAUGCCGAAUCAGACCUCGGAUCGGAUACGUCUCUCGGUGGAUUAUCGCUAUCAAGGACACUCCAAGCCCGUCACAGAUGGAUCGCUUUUACCGCAUUUCAAUCGGAUGGCGUGGGACGAAAUUUACAAGGACUGGGCUUCCACGAAAUAUCAGUAUUAUUGGAAUGCGUUCGAUUUGAACAGAGUUUAA